AUGGGUUCUAAGAUCUCCGCCAUAUUCUACAUCUUCUUGAUAUUCUUGUCCAGUUCGUCGUUACCUUUAGUCUUGAGUUGUAAUUGUAGCCCGCCUCAUCAACCUAGCCCACCAAAAACUCCAAGGCCAUACCCUCCCUCCGCCAAGCCACCGCAUCAUGGUGGAGGGCCUAAGGUGUCACCGCCUAAAACUAAACCACCGAAGACACAGCCGCCAAAGGUUCCACCACCAAUUACUAGACCACCUAUCGUACGUCCUCCACCGAUUACUAGACCACCUAUUGUUCUUCCUCCUAUUGUGAUGCCUCCUCCAGUUAUAAUACCUCCGCCUAUCUUACCACCACCUAUAAUAAGCCCUCCGGUCAUAGCACCACCUGUGAUCACUCCUCCAGUGAUAGUCCCACCACCUUCUUCUUCGUACCCUCCGUACACGCCUCCAGGUGGUGGUACGGGUGGUGGAAGUGGUGGAAAAGGUGGCGGAGGAAGCGGUGGAGGUGGAGGAAAAGGAGGAGGUGGCGGAGGGGGCGGCGUUAUGCCAACAUGUCCGAUAAACGCCCUGAAGCUAGGGGCAUGUGUGGAUGUUCUUGGAGGAUUGGUGCAUAUUGGAUUAGGAAAUCCAGUGGAAAACGUGUGUUGCCCUGUGCUUAAAGGUUUGCUUGAGUUAGAAGCAGCUGUGUGUCUUUGCACUACCAUAAGGCUUAAGCUUCUUAACUUGAAUAUAUUUAUUCCUCUUGCUCUUCAAGCCUUGGUAACUUGUGGGAUGACGCCUCCACCUGGGUUUGUGUGUCCUCCUCUUCUCUAA